GUGAGGGAGACAAAGCCAAUAGCACAAUGGCCGCCUAGCCAAGCCGCUCAGCCCACUCAAGCCACAGCCCACCACCUUUCUCCAUUCUCAAGUCUAUAUGAUGACAGCCGCCGCGCAACGCAUCUCAUUGUCGUGUUCAGGGAACGACGCCCAGUCCUCCAAGAUGGCAGAUGGAAUGUUAUCAUUAUCGUGGAACAACCACAGAGCAACAUUCUGCCACAUACUAGCAACACUUAGAGAAAAGGAGAGGUAUACUGAUGUAACCGUGGCAUGUGAGGGCAAGUUUUAUCCUGUACACAAACUGGUGUUGUCCACAUGCAGUGAGUACUUUGAGAAGAUCUUUGAGAACACACCUUGUAAGCACCCUGUCAUCGUGCUGAAGGAUGUCAACCGCUGUGACCUGGAGGCUCUCUUUUGCUAUAUGUACGAGGGUGCUGUUAGCGUGGCACAAAGCAACCUUGGCCGCCUCAUCAAGGCCGCUGAAGUUCUCAGAAUCAAGGGCCUCGCUGUACCAGACGAGCCACCAAUAUCAGACAGACGCACAGCAUCCUCGCACCAUCACCACUCCUCAGACGACCGCAGCAGUCCACACCCCAAGCGGCGGAGACGGGAAGAGAACAGCCACACACAUCAGGGGCGAUCACAGUCGUCUCCAUCACCCCCUUCCUCCCCCAGACCCUCACCCCUGCAUGAAGGGGGAGAGAACCACCCUGCCCAGAGGUCCCGGAGUGACAGCCAGUGGGGGGACCAUGGGGUGACAGACCGGGAGGAUGGGGGCAUGGAUGGGUUGGCUGAUGACAGGCUGGGGGAUCACUCAACCACUAGCCACUCAGUUCCCACGCCACCACAAGUAGAGGUAAUGGUGGACGAAACUCUAGUCAAGGAGGAGAUGAUCGACCAGGGAGACACGGGGCAGGAAGACAUGAUGGACUCAGGGAUGGACUACGGUUCGGUGGGCAGCGACUCACGGCUGGAGGGCUCAGCGGGAGGCGGAGGGGAAGAAGAUCACAUGUUACCUGGCAAGUAUGAACCCAAAGCCAAUCCCUCGCAGCAGGCCAUUCCUGAGGCUGUGGUGGAGGCGCUGGCUGGACCCUCAGGGAUGCAAACGUGGUUAGGUGGUGAGAUGCCUUCUGGGUUCUCUGGGCUGGAGGGCUACACAGGCAGUGAUGGGGGACAAGACCUCCACCCGUCCUCCCAGGCCCCAGCGGCACACCAGCUGGUAUGGCGAGAGACAAUUUCUCAAGAGGGUGUGGGAAGACUGCCAAAGGAAGGAUGCCAAGGGACUCCCAGCCCCGCCACCACUAAACUCGGAAGUCCCUCUCCCCCAUCUCCCUCUCACCAAACCACUGCCACUCACCCUUACUCCACUAGUGCUACCUCUUCAUUUUCUGCUUGCUAUGCCUCAGUCUAUGGUUCCUUCCCUUCUAUUUCUUCCAUUUCUCCAUGUGUUUCCAUUUCUCCAUGUCCCUCUUCUCCUCCAUCUUUUCCCACACUAGUAUCAGUGGGGCCAACAGUCUCCAGUCCUCCUUCCUGGUUUGCAUCCACCGCCUCCUCAUCCUCGCCUGAUAGUCCACAGGAAAUGCCUCCUCCACCACCACCUUUAUCUCCUCCAUCUCGCUCCUUUGGUCCAUCCACUAGAGGUCACUUCCGCCCACGAAUUCAUCCUCUCUCUCACAGUUUCCAUAACUUUCAUUCACAUAUCACAAAUGUCCGAUCCCUCUCCCAAUCUUCCCAAUUCCCUUCACAUCCUCCUCCUUCUUCUUCACCUUUAUUCCCAGGCUCUUCAUCCCCCACCACCAACAUUUCUGCCCCUGCUACCACCACUACUACCACCUCCUCCUGCUCCUCCUCUUCCGCUGUUUCCACCUUCGAGACAACAGUAGAAGAUAAGAAGCCAUUUUGCUGCGAGUACUGCCCUUACAAGACAACAAGAAAGACUGCUAUGAAGGAACACAUCAACAGCCACACAGGAAAGAAGCCCCACGCCUGCCCCUUCUGUCCCUACCGCACAUGCUGGAACUCCUCCAUGGUGGUGCACAUGAGGACACACACAGGAGAGAAGCCGUACUCCUGCCCUCACUGCAGUUACCAGGCCACCCAGCGCUCUUCCCUCAAGGCCCACCUCCUAACCCACCAACCCACUACAUUCAUAACUACCACCUCCACCUCUGCUCCUGCCACUUCCAUCUCUUCCUCUCCUGUUAAUGAAGGUGUUGCUGCUGCUGAUAUUACCACUACAAUUGCCACUGCUGAUGCUAGUGCUGCUGCUGUUACUGGUGCUUCCUCUGCUUCUGAUCCCCCUGUUUCUACUACGUCUGCCUCCUCUUCUACCUCCCUUAAUUCUCAGCCAUCCUUAACACCAUCUCUUACUGCUUCAACUUCUUCCCUUCUUGUCCCACAGCAAGAGGCGCUCUCCCCAAAUCCUGCUCCCAUUUCCCAGCAGUCUUCUCCUCCCUUCUCAUCCCUCUCCUCUUCCCUCACCAGCCCUCAGCAUCUCUCUUCCACCUCUUCAGUUGCUUCUUUCCUCCCUUUUCAGCACACUCCAUCCUUUCUGAGUACAAGGCACCCCUCCCCUGCUCCCUCACUUGCCAGCCAUCAUCACUCCCCUUCAUCUCUCCUUAGCCAUCUCUCAUCAUCCUUUGCCAUGCCUCCAUCCCCUUCCCUGGCCAUCCUCCAGUCUUCCUCUCCUCUACAAAUACCACAGACCCCAAGCAUUGCUAUUUCACACACCCCUCCCCUUAACUCUCCACAAGCCCCGUCCAUUUCCUCUCACCAUCCCUCUCUUCCACGCUAAUGCCACAGCUCCUCAAGCCACCCUAACCUCUGAUCAUGCAACUUACAAAAACAUUUGUGUGCUAGAAAGGGAAGGCCUUUUGAUGAUCUGAUGAACUGUUUGUACUCUUAUGGAAUGUUGUGGGUGAUUAUGUGAGGGAACUUUCAUUGCUGUUGCUGUAGUUGUAGUAUUCUGAGCAGGUUAAGUGUUCCUCUUUUUUAGGUUUAGUGGGCAUAUGAAGCUCUCUGAUAGGGCAUAUUAUUAGGGGCACCCUAAGAGGCUCUCAAUGCCUUCCUCCCUUCUGCCAUCCCACAAGUCGUACAGUUUAUUAAUGGUUACAUGUUUGGUAGGUGUUUGAAUGCUCCAUAAGAGAUUGAUUAGAACUUAGUUAUUUUUUCUUUUCUUUACGCUUGGUGCAUUUCUAUAGAUUGUUAUUCUAGACUCACAUUUUUUUGACAAUAAGCAGUCACUUUUCAUGUAAAGUGCCAUUCAACUUUUACUUUUCUAUAUAUUUUGAUUACAUUAAAUGGAAUUUAACUUCAUCAUGUUACUUUUCAUGUACUUUUUUUUAUAAAUGAUGUUUGGCUUUAUUUGUAUUUAAAAAAGAAAAUGUACCAAAAGUAAUCUUUACUUUUCUUUUAUUUCUUUGAAAUUUAAUGAAAUUAUAUUUGAUUUUACAUCACUUUUUUGACAUAUACAUAUAUACUUUUCUUUAGAUAUCGUAGUUUUCAUUUUGUAUUUGUAUGGUGUUGCUACUUUGGUCAUGUCUAAUGGUUGCCAUCUUAAAAAAGAUGACCUAUUGCUAUAAUCCUAAAGCAAUAUGUUAACUAUAAACAUAAUACUUAUUGUACCUAGCUUUUAGUGUCAAAACUCAACUUAAAGUAUUAACUUGCUGAUAGCUUGAUCUGACCUAAGCUUUGUGAAUCUCACCUGUUGAACACUAACUACAUAUAUUUACUUGUUUGUGAUGAUGCUUUGUAGAAUACAGCUGUUGUAUAUUAAGGGGCUUGCAUUGUUGUAACCAAGCAAGUUCACCCAAUCCUGUAGAGGGAGUGAUGGCUGGAGUACCAGCAGUUCUGUGCAGCUUUGUGGAGCAUUGCCUGUACACUAAGCAUUCAUGUAUUGCAGAGUAUUACCUGUUCCUAAUAUUUACCUCAAAGUACUGUCAGAAACAUUAAAAUAUUUACCAGUAUUGUCUGAUUCAAGUAUUUAUUGCAGUGCUGAGAAACUUCACAAAAUGUUAUGGACCUAAGGUGUUCAGUGGUCAUGGUAGUGUGGAAUCGUCCUAACUGGUGCUUGUUCAUAUCACAGAAUACUGCCAUACAGUGCAUACCUUUCUUAUUGGCUGGAAUUACUCUCACCAUUACCAUCACCACCUGCUCUUCACCAGCUUAGUCCUAAAAUACAGUAACCCCUCUCAACUCGGAGAUUGUAGAACUUACAGAUUUGUGGAUCAUUAAAUUUCCACCCAUGAAGCUUUUAACAAUCAGCAUUCUUGAAAUACUGAUUUUCUUGGUGUUAGUUGAAAUUUUUUUUAUUUAGUGUUUCAAUUUAAUAUUUAGUGUUCUAUGUAGUAUUUGUACAUCCAAUGAGUUACAUCUUAGUGAACCUGUAUUAGGAAAUUAGGAGAAAUGUACUAGAGCUGCAAGCAAUUGCAUAUACUUACUUAUUGGAAAGGUUGUCAUACAGUGAUAUUAUUAUAUGUUAUUUCAUGAGAUCACAAUUCUAAGAGGAUAAUUGGAUGAUGAUAUGAACAGAUUCAAUAGUAUAGUGAGUGGACAGGAUUCCUUUCUCUUUUUCUUUUAGGAAUAGGGAUUUGAACAGCUGGAAUGUUCAUCUCCCACAACUUGGCUGCUUUAUUAUGGAAUAACUGCAUUUAAUGCAAGUGCUUUACCUAGUGUGUGUGUGUGUGCGUGUGUGCCAGUUCAUCUGUCCCACUGUAUACCUGCACAUCAGCAUGCAGGUGUGUGUGUGUUAGUUGCCAUGUGUUGGAAGGAUGUAUUUUUAUAUUACAUGAAAGGUUUCAAUAAAAUUUUCUCGAAA